AUGGCUUGUCUCCGAUUUCCAGUAAUCCCUUUAAAUCAUACUUCUCCUGUCAGCAAAUCCCCCAGACCACAAACCCAUUUGAUAAAGCCUCAAGAUAACGAAAAACAUCAUCAAAUUCUUUACAAUUCUUACUUUAAACACAUUUCAUCUGUUUGUAAAGAGGGGAAACUGCAAGAAGCUGUCAACAUUCUUUUUGAAUUGGACUCUCAGGACUUCGAAAUUGGAGCAAAUGUUUAUGGCGAUUUACUUCAAGGGUGUGUUUACGAGAGGAAUCUCUCUCUGGGUAAGCAAAUUCACUCAAGAGUCAUUAAAAAAGGCGAAUCCUUGGUUAAAAAUGAGUACAUUGAAACAAAAUUGGUUGUUUUCUAUGCGAAAUGUGAUUGUUUGGAUGUUGCUUCAAGUCUAUUCCGUAGAUUAGACCAGAAAAACGUGUUCUCUUGGGCUGCCAUCAUCGGACUUUAUUGUAGAAUGGGUUAUCUUGAAAAUACAUUGUUGGGAUUUUGUGCAAUGAUAGAAAACGGGUUUGAGGCUGACAAUUUUGUUGUUCCGAAUGUGUUAAAAGCUUGUGGUGGUCUUUCGUUCAUAGAGUUUGGGAAAGGUGUUCAUGGGCACGUUGUGAAAAAGGGAUUUGAAGGAUGUGUUUUUGUAGCCAGCAGUCUUGUAGACAUGUAUGGCAAGUGCGGAGCUCUUGAAGAUGCACGAAAGGUGUUUGACAAUAUGCCCGAAAGAAACGUUGUCACUUGGAACUCAAUGAUGGUUGCUUAUGCUCAAAAUGGGAUGCACGAGGAAGCAAUCCGUGUCUUCCAUGACAUGAGAACAGAAGACAUUCAACCCACUGUGGUCACCAUGGUAACCUUUCUUUCAGCUUCAGCUAAUUUGUAUGCUCUUGAAGAAGGUAAACAAGGUCACGCCAUUGCAAUUUCAACAGGUUUAGACUCAGGUAACAUCAUGGGUACUUCUUUAAUCAAUCUCUAUUCCAAAUUUGGUUUAAUCGAGGAUGCCGAGAAAAUCUUUAACAAGAUCCUUAACAAAGAUACAGUAGCAUGGAAUUUGAUGAUAUCUUGUUAUCUACACAAUAACCAAAUCCAAAAAACUAUAAAUUUAUGCCACGAGAUGUUAUCACAACGAUUAAAAUUCGAUUCUGUCACAAUGACAUCAAUCACAACAAGCGCAGGCAAUACCCAGAAUUUAAAACUUGGAAAAUCAGCACAUUGUCACAUUAUAAGAACCAAUCUCAUGUCUGACGUGGCAGUUUCAAGCAGCCUUGUGGACAUGUAUGCAAAAUGUAACAAAAUUCACGAUGCAAGAACAGUUUUUUCCUUAACGGGUACUAAAGAUCUUGUGUUAUGGAACACAUUAUUGGCUGCUUAUGCUGAAAUCGGUUCAAGUGGUGAAGCAUUAAAUUUAUUCUAUAAAAUGCAACUAGAAGGAGUGCCACCAAAUACCGAAUCUUGGAAUUCGAUAAUUCUCGCAUUCUUGAAAAAUGGUCAAGUCAAAGAAGCCAUGGAUUCGUUUUCAGAAAUGAAAUCCUCCGGACUCGAGGGUAGUUUAGUCACUUACACUAUUUUGAUCUUCGGGUUAGUCCAAAACGGAUUUGUUGAUCAACCAAUCUCAAUAUUUCAAGAAAUGCAAGAAAACGGGAUCAAACCGAAUAAUAUAAGCAUUGUUGGUGUACUUUCGGCUUGUAAAACUCGUGUUUCUUUGCAACUCGGAAGAGCGAUAUACGGAUAUGUAUUACGUAACGAGAUGGGUAUAAACGUAAUUUUGGCGACUUCAUUGGUCGAUAUGUAUGCAAAAUGUGGGAAUAUAGAUUAUGCGAGAAAGGUUUUUGAUAUGAUUGUUGUCAAGGGUUUACCGUUGUAUAACGCAAUGAUUUCUGGUUACGCGUUACACGGUUGUGCCGCGGAAGCACUCGCGGUAUUUCGGGAGUUGCAAAAUGACGGUUUUGACCCUGAUGAGAUAACGUUCACGAGUGUUUUGUCGGUAUGUCGACAUUGUGGGCUUGUGAAUGAAGGUUUGGGGCUUUUUGUUGAUAUGAUUAGAAAGUAUGGUGUGAAGCCCAGUAUGGAGCAUUUCGGUUGUGUGGCAAGUCUUCUUUCCAAGUGUGGAAAUGAUGAAGUUUUUCAGUUUGUUGAAUGUAUGCAAUUUGAGCCCGAUUCGCAUAUUUUGGGAUCUUUGCUAGGGACUGGGACUGGGACUGGGACUGGGACUGGGACUGAUACUGUGAAGUAUUUAAUGGAGAAUUUGAUGAAGAUUGACCCGGGGAAUUCGGGGAAUUAUGUGGCGGUUUCGAAUGCGUAUGCGGGAAAGGGAAUGUGGAAUGAAGUGUCGGAAAUGAGGAAUUUGAUGAGAGAGAAAGGAAUUAAGAAGAGUCCGGGGUGUAGUUGGGUUCAAAUCGGGAAAGAAGUUCAUGUUUUUGUGGCUAAUGAUCGAUCACAAUCACGAACGGAUGAGAUUUACUCGACUUUGGCGUUACUAAGAAAGGAAAUGCUAGGGAAUAGGGAUCCAUGA